AUGUUAGAGGUCCAGAGUUGCAGAGGAGACGGUCAAAAAGUAAAUAUUUCCCGUUCUUCAGAGGCGGUUCUUGGUCCGCCGCCUGUGUAUGACGACAUCUGCCGCUUUGUUGCAGAGUAUGCAGGGCGUUUGCCGCGCAACGCCUUCACUGGGACAGCCCCGUAUGAGUAUACUGGCUGCGACUACGCACUGAUUCUGUAUGCCAUUAUGCCUAGCAGGUGCAUUGAUCUCUCCAGUCUUUGUUGGUCAACGACACCUCUUCCGGCGCAGCUGGAGUCGAAUUUGGCGGUAUUCUGUGAAGGUUGUUGUGGGCUGCAGUUGUGUGACGCUCCGUUGUCUUCAUUGCACCCGCAUUGCCUUCGAUGCUCACCGACGUGUAUUGUUCAUCACAUCAAGGUGCAGCACUGGCUUUUUGUUUUAUCACAGCGAUUUCCGCCAGAGGGGAGCUUUGAUGCCGUGACGCUGCGGAUGGAAUUGCGUCACACCCAGCUUGGCGAGCCACGCCUGGCGACAUCACACGCGUUGUCUUCUACAGAUGUCCACAUUGCCAGCACGAAUGGAGAGGACGACUUAUCUCUCCCUUCCCUGCACUGUCACGUCAUUUGGAAGGCGCCGGCGGUGGCGGUGAUGGAAAACGCUGAGCGCGGCACCGCCGCGGUGUCAGAAGCAAAAACACCGAAAAAGAAGCGUGGGUCUGAUGACGACGAGAUCCAGCGGAAGCCGUGGAGAAGCGCUGCUCGCCCGUGGCGUACGGCAUCCACAAUCAAAUCAGCUUCUCAAAGAACAGAGCGAACGUCGCUUCCAUCGCAGCCUUCGAGUAACGACUGCGCCAAUUCUUCUUCAACAAUAUGCCACAAUCUCGCUCAUCAGUGGGUUGAGUCCGAGCGACGGCGACUGCAGCUCAAGGAGAAUAUUGCACACGCCCGACAGACACUACAGUGUACACUUUUUGCUAACGGGACGAUCGAUUUUGAUGACAUUCUUUCCAUUUUGCAGCAGAAGCAGCAAUGA